GAAGUAGAAUCCAACUGAUUAAUAUAAAUCUUUCUAAUGUUGGAGAGCGAUUUUACAAUACGUUGUGUAAUCUAAUGAGUAAACUUGGAGACGUGAUAAUAAAAAAAUCAUAUGACAAUAUAUUUGAAGAAGUCACACGCUUAAAUCUUCCCCCAGGUAUAUCAUCGCAGUAUUUCAAGGCAUUGACAGCACUUGACGAUGAUUUGGAAUCAUUUGAUGUCGAAGUAAAAGACUUUAUAUUAUUUUUACGCAAUGUGAUAUGGCAUACUAAAAGUACUGUUUUGCAAUUGGCAGAAGAAAAAAAUAAGCUAGAGUGUGCAUUCCUACGCUUUCAGCAAUCGUUGAGACUAAAAGCAGGCAAAGACCCCAUUCUAACUCAGCUUCGUACGAUCUUUAAUAAACUUAGUGACAUUGUCAAAACUUUCAACGGCAAAAUGCAGAAUUUAAGCUACGCAAAGGAUCAAGAGAAAUUAACCUUGAUAAACAAUGGUAUUCCUAACACCGAAAAAGAUGUAGACCUCCCGGAAUGGAUGGGAUAUGCCAACCAAAACUUGACGAUUAUUGUGGAAGGCAUAAAAGAUAUAGUGUCACUUUUUGAGAAACUGCUAGCUCAACUCACUUCACAAAGUUUUGUGAAGUAGCAGUUAUGACAGCAGAAGAGAGGCAACGUUGGUCAAGGAAGCGAAAAUUGGAUUUAA